AUGAAAGACGAAAGAAAAUUCAAUUCACUGAGAAAACAAAUGGCAAAAUUAAUGAUCAGAUCUCACCUGUUUGAUGAAACAUCAUUAAUAAUACGCUGCAUUGCUACUGAUAACAACACGUUAGAAUCACAAAAAUUCUCUUGCUGCUUAAUUCAAGCACAUGAACGAAGGUCGUUAGUCAUGAGAUUGGCAAACAGAGAUGUUAGAAAAGAAUUAUAG